GGGACUUGUCCGAGCGCAUUACUUUUCAGGAAGGUCAUGGAGAUUGCGGUCGGACAGCGGAGUCACGAAAGACGUUUAGAUCCAUAAUAUAUAUAUACCACAUACAUCGACUCCACGCAGAGCCAUGGGCCGGCUGACCUUCCUCCGGGCCGCGCUGUGGGUUUUGCUCCAGAGCGGUCUCUCUCCCGCGGGACAAGCGGCGCAUUUCAAUGAGGGUAACUUUUCCCAGCAGCAUCAGGACCACCAAACAGCCUCUGUUUCCGUGCCAGGCUCUACGUUCACCCUGAAGGUCCAGGUCAAUGAUGCCCUGAGCCGUCAGUAUCUGAGCCAGGCCACGGUGGAAGUGUACGUCAACUACACUAAGACAAACACGGCUCUUACUGGGGAGAAUGGGGAUGUGCUGCUUCAGGUGCCCGGUCAAAUUGGGCUGCCUGUCACUAUUAUAGCCAGCAGGGAUGGCUAUGUUGUCAAACCACUGCCUUGGAAGACCAACAGAGUACCAGUGUUUUCAUCAAUUACCAUGUCCCUUCUUGGUCUGAAUCAAGGCAACAUAUGGCUCUAUGAAGACUCUGUCCUGAUUAAUAGCAAAACAUCUGAUGCUCCUGUUCAGCCCACUAUUCAGUUUCCUAAGAGGCUGCUGAAUUUGUCAGAUAGCAGUGACAUUUCCUCUAUUAAGGCCUUGCUGACUAUUCCCAAGCUAUCAAAAGAGGAUGACAACUUUCUCAACACUUUGGGACUCAUUAGUAGUAAAUCAGGAUAUACAAGUGUAGAGCUGAGCCCCAUGGCGGCUGUUAGCGUGCAGCUUUUCUCAGCAGAGGUGGAGUUGCAUGUGAGCGGACCCAUACAGAUCACCCUCCCGCUGCCUGACAACUCUGGACUCCGGCCAUCUAAUGCUGUCCCUGCAUGGUGCUUUAACCACAUGACUGGUGGAUGGAUGAGAAAGGGACUGGGCAUGGUGGUGUUGCUCAAGGGAAAACUAAUGUGGACCUACAAUGCGCCUCACCUCGGAUAUUGGAUUGCGGCACCAAUCUCAUCCUCCAGCAGUUCCAUGGACAUUGCCGUCACCACUGACUUCAUCUUAUACCAUUCAUCUUUUCUCAUGGUUAUCCUGGGAACAACGCUUGUCAUUCUCUUCUUCCUCCUGAUUUUGAUGGUGUGUCAUCGCAGGAGUUCCCUUACCGAGUCUAGAGGAAAGAGGAUCCAUGCAAGCAAACAACCAGUGCUGAGAAAAGACCAAACUACCUCCACAUAUGACAAUGAACUCCUUGAAGUAUCUUCUGGGGAUUGUCAUCAUCUAGAAGAUGGGCUGAACCAAACAUUAACAGAAAGGGGAGCUAACCAACAUAAUGAUAACAUAGCAAACCCUGAGGCCGCAGGAUUUGGAUUGAUUGCGUUUGAGGAAAAGGCUGCAGCCAUUAGGGUGAAGUGUACUGAGCCGGAGCUGAGAACUGACCCUAAUAAUUUGACAAGUUCACACAAAAUUUCCCAGCAAAUGAGAAUUCCCGAGUCUCUGAAUGAGAAUUUGUUUUUCUUCAACCAUCCUGUUGCUAUUGUUCAUGCACCGGCAUUCUUUCAUGCGGAAGAGCAGCCAGAGACGCCCCAGUGGAGCAAGGCUGCCACCCUGCCCCGUGCAGGUGUUUCCAAUAACCCCCCUACAGACCCGGUGAAUAAAGAGAGUUUCACCCAGACAAAAGACCCGUUGGUCUCACAGAGCCAAGCACCAAAUGGUGGGGAGCAGCUUGGGGUCCCACAGGACUCUCAUUCCCCAUCCUCCAUCAGCCUCUCCAGGGGUCACUACAGCUUCCCAGAAUCAAUGUCGGUUCCGGGAACACUGAAUAAAAUUGGGGACAACAGGCGCCCCUGCUCGGGUCCGUUACCCAGUGAGCUUCAGGGAAACUCUGAUCACACUUUAGCUGAACUGUCCAAAAUCCCCUCGCCUCUUCCUCCGCGAGCCUGGUUCGUAUCGCUGGAGGGAAAACCGGCAGCCGAGAUCCAUCAUGCCAUCACAGAGCAGCAGAGGAGACGAAGGCCAGCGGAGAGUCGAGACACCAGCCUGGACUCGGGGGUGGAUAUGAAUGAACUUAACCAGACAGCUGGAAGAAGGGCAGUAACACUGGAGCGCAAAGCCACCUUUGUCAAAAGCGCCCCUGGUAGCAGACCAGCCCCAACCCAGUAAAGGGAGUGUUGCAAUGUUCAUCCCAGUAGACUCCAGCAUGCUCAUGCCAUACUUGGCCAAUAUUACUUCUCCAAGGCCAUUGUUACCUGAUGGUUGUGCAUAUGUUUCAGUCUUAAUUCUCUCUCGCUCUAUCGUUAGAUCAAAAAUAUAUACAACAGGCUCUUUAACCAUUGUAGUUGCCAUACCCAGGUCAUUAGUGUGGUUGGCAAGUGAGGUCAAAGCCCACGGAUUAGAGGUAGGAAAAUGACUACCCCUAA